AUGAACACACUGGAACUUGCAGCCCAUUGCGAUGACAUUCCUGUCAAACGCAUUGAGCUUUGGUGUACACACGGAUACCUGGAUUGUGAUUAUCACUGGCUUAUCACUUUCAUCCAUCCUGAUAAACACCACACAAGUGCAAGCCGGGAGUCAGAUGUGAGGUGGAUCUCUGAUAUACCCCGCAAAAAAGCUAUUGCUAUUAUCACUUUUCCUGUUACUUUUGAGUGGCCAGACCUAAGAAGCAUCGCCUCUCGAAUAUACUCAGUGUGUGAGCAGACUCAGUACACAUGUACUCAGUUCGUAUCGUUCCUCAUCUGGGACUUUUUCCAGCAAGGAUACAUCGAAACCUCAUAUAAUCAAAUGAGUGAUCUUUUAAAUCAAAUGAUGGCGAUUAAGGAUAAACUGUCGGACUUUCGUGUCGCCUCCCACCUCUCUGAGUACCAAGCACCUCUUCCAAAAACAGAAGUUGACUUAAAAGUCGGCGUUCUUAUUUUCACGCCUUCGAAAAAAGAUGUACUCCUUGUCCAACGGGCCAAGUCAGACAGCCAUGCAAACAUCUGGGAAUGCCCAGGCGGGGGGGUCGAGCAGAUUGGCACUGAACACACUGAGGCUGACAUGUCAAUUAUACAUGCUGCUGUGCGUGAGUGCCGUGAAGAGACCCAGCUCCACAUCUCUGCCUUUAUGGGCCUUAUUCAGGACCGAUGGCUCAAGAGGGGCAGAACUGUUCACAAGUUUAUAUUCAUAGUGGAUGUCCAUGAGAGUGAAGAGCCCCAGCAACUGUUGGACAAGGUGGUACUUAAUCCGGCUGAGCACCAAGCCUUCCGCUGGGCAACACGAAACGAAGUAGUGGAUAUGAGUGAGGCCACCUUUUUCCCAAACCAAAGGGGAAUGAUACUAUCUGCGUUUGACUCCUUAUCAAGUACUCCAUAA